CCAGGAUGCCAGCGAGAUACGUCAUGUAAGGUGCGCUCAAUUAUAAUAAACAUUUCUACACAAUGGCGGAUCAUAAAUCCAUAUCCAUACAACUGUUUUCUGUAAAUACUGAUGUGGCGAAUAUUGGCGCAACAAUGAAAACUCUAAGUGCACAAGAGCAACGCAGAAUUCAACAUGCUAAACUUCAUGCAAAACACAAGGGGCAUGAGACCAUGCAUUUAGAGAUGAUCUUGAUUUUACUAACAACUUUGGUUGUUGCUCAGAUAUUGCUUGUUCAAUGGAAGAAGCGUCAUUUCAAGUCUUACCAGAUGGUCACAUUAUGUGGUGUCUGGCUUAUUCCACUGUAUUUUAAUAUUCGCUUGAAGUGGUUUAGAAUGCUUAUUAUUUGGAGUAUUUUUUCAAUAAUGACUGCUUAUAUUGUAUUCAAAGCUACAAGGCAACCUUUACAACCAACUACACCAAGAUUGGUGUACAAGUGGUUUUAUUUCAUUCAUAAAGGAACAACCGCGUUAAGUUUGAUUGGUUAUUUUAUAAUAAUGUUAACUUUAUUUGGAGUGUCAAUGAUGUUUACUAUUCAUCCAGAUACUGCUGGUGAAGUUGGUUUACUAGUUUUAUUUUAUGGAUUAUAUUUUGGUGUUUUGGGUAGAGACUUUGCAGAAAUAUGUGCAGAUAAAAUGGCAUCGAAAUUAGGGUAUUCAAAGGUUGGUGGAUUACCAAAUCGAAAUCUAAAUCCUGAUGUUUGUGCUGUAUGUGGUCAGGGAAUUAAUCCUGCUUCUGAUGAAGAUUCAGCAGAAAAAACCUGUCGACUUUCUUGUGAUCACAUAUUUCAUGAAUUCUGUAUUCGUGGUUGGUGUAUCGUUGGUAAGAAACAAACAUGUCCUUACUGUAAAGAAAAGGUUGAUCUCAAGAGAAUGUUUCCAAAUCCUUGGGAGAAACCUCAUAUAUUGUUUGGUCAAUUACUGGACUGGCUCCGUUAUCUUGUUGUAUGGCAACCAAUUAUAAUUCUUGUUGUUCAAGUCAUCGUCUGGAGUCUUGGAUUAGAGUGACGUCCAGACAACAAUAGUAGGUGGAAAAUAAAAUGCGUACAUUUCCAGUAUUUUUACCUUCAAACGAUUACCGAAGGCGAAGAGAUGGCUGUAUGUAAUUUUUAAGCACACACGACUGGAAAGGAUUAUAAAAAACUCCUGACGUUUUAAAAUACAAAGAAGAAAAUAAACUGCUUUCAUUCUGCUUUUCAGAAAACGUCCAUUCACGUUUUCUGUCAAGCAAUCAUGAAUUAAAAUAUGAUGAAACCAAACAACACUUUAAAUUAUUAUAUAUCAAAUAAACAUUUAUCCACUAAAUUAUUGAAAAAAUAUGUGCCCAAUAUUUUGAUCACAAAGAUAGGCGGUAUAUAGCUAGAUAGAUAGUAUUUUAUUAUGAUGAUCUCAUGCAAGCAAAUUGCCAAUUUAUCAGUCAUUCAUGCAGUGAUGAAUUAAU